UGUUGUACUCUCGCUAUCGGCGCGGGAGCACGUUUGUUUACACCGACUAUCAACAAAAACAUUAUUGUUGUAUCAUUUACUGUUCAGCCGUUUAGUGAGUGUGUUUACCAAACAAUAAUAAAGUGUGAUGUGUUAUUGUUUUUAAAAAUGGAUAAUAAUCGCUUAAAUGAAUCAUCACCUCAAGGUGUAUCUAGUCUUGAAGGGAUGUAUACUGACUUUGACGAAUGGGUAGUGAACUUCACAGCGUAUUAUAAGAGGUCGACAUAUUCUUCUCAAGAAAUAAGUUCGACAAAACCUCAAAAUCCAACCUUAUUGAAACCAGACUUUUUUGAAAAAGACUCGUUAUUUCGCGACUUAUUACUAACGCAUUGGAACGAACGUCAUACAGCCAAGCCGCCAUCUUUAAAUAUAGAAAAUGACGGAUUUGUGUUCUACGACCAAUUGUUUUAUAGAUUUGUGAACAAAAAUGGUGAUAGACAGAUAGUUUGCCAGUUUGUUAGAUCGAAAUUAUAACCAGGAAAUGUGUUAAAAUCGUAAGAAAU